AUGGGUGUUCCAGCAUUCUUUAGGUGGCUAUGUGCAAGAAAUCCUUAAUUUAUUCUUGAUGCUCAUGAAAAUUAUGAGGAGUUUGACGCGGAGUCAAAUAAUCCAGAAAUAGAUAAUUUAUAUUUAGAUAUGAAUGGUAUUAUUCAUCCAUGUUGUCGUUCUGAUGGUUCUGUUGUACCUAUAGCUCAUACAAUUUAAGAUAUGUUUAAUAACAUAUUUUUAUACGUAGAUAAGCUUAUGGAUCUUUGUAGACCUAAGAAAAUUUUGUACAUGGCAAUUGAUGGUGUAGCUCCAAGAGCAAAAAUGAAUCAGUAGAGAGCUAGAAGAUUCAAAGGAGCUAAAGAAGCUGUAGAAUUAUAAUAAAAAAAAGAAGAACUUCUUAAUGAAUUUCGUGAAAGAAGUGAAAUUAAUGAUGAUGUUUUAGCUUUUGUUUAAAAUAGAUUUGAUACAAAUGUCAUUACUCCAGGUACCGCUUUUAUGAGAGAUUUGAGCAUGGCCUUAUAGCAUUAUGUUAUUGAAAGAAUGAACAAACAUCCUUUAUUUAAAGAUAUUAAAGUAAUAUUUUCAGAUGCUAGUAUUCCUGGUGAAGGAGAGCAUAAAAUAUUGGAUUUCAUUAGAGUUUAAAGAGACUAGCAAAAUUAUGAUCCUAAUACUAAACACUGCUUGUAUGGUGCUGAUGCUGAUUUAAUUAUGCUUGGAUUAAGUACUCAUGAGCCCUAUUUUUAUAUUAUUAGAGAAUAAAUUAUUACUCAAGAAGAAAAACGUUGCUCCAUAUGUUAGUAGACUGGACACUUUUAAAUGGACUGUCCAAACGAGAUGGCAGUUGAAGCUGGAUAAAAACCAAUUAGUUAAAAAAUUCUUUAAGCUUAGGAGCAAAAGGUUAGAAAGGGAAUCACCUAGAGUUUUUAGUUUGCAAAAUUAUAUGUAAUGCGUCAAUACUUAAACAUGAGAUUCUCAAAAGUACUUUUCAACGAUAAUCUUGAGUGCAAAUUGAAGAUGCAAUAUGAUAUUGAAAGGAUUAUAGAUGAUUUUGUAUUUAUGUGCUUUUUUGUUGGUAAUGACUUCUUACCUCACAUACCUAAUUUGAGUAUCCGUGAUGGAGGUAUAGAUGCCUUACUUACUCUGUAUGAUCAUACUAUAACUCAAGUAGAUGAUUAUUUAACUUGUAAUGGGGAAUUAAAUCUUAAAUAAGUAGCUAAAUUAUUAGAAAAUAUGGCAAUUGUUGAAGAAGACUUAAUGAAAUUUAGAAAAGAUAAAGAAGAUCGUGAUAAAAAGAAUUAAGAGAUUAACAAAGAAAAGGAAGCAAGGCUCUAAGAAUUAAGGCCUCACAUUUCUGAAGAGGAAUACUAAAAGAAAAGAAAAGAGUGGAGAUUAAAGGAUGAGAAAAAAGUUGAGAUAAUUAACAAUGAAUCGUUAUUGUAAAGAUUUAAAAGAAUAUUAUCAGAAAGAAGUAAUGAGGCUAAGACUAUUAAGGAAGUAAAAGAAAGCACUUAAAUUACUCUUAACUAUAACUAUAAAUUAUCUUAUUAUAAUGAUAAAUUUGGUGUAAAACCUGAAGAUUUUAUCUAAAUGCAGUGGCUUAUUAAAUAAUCAUAUGUUGAAGCCUUAUGUUGGAACUUUGCUUAUUAUUAUAAAGGAUGCAUAAGUUGGAGUUGGUAUUAUCCUUUCCAUUAUAGUCCUUUUGCUUCAGAUUUAAUAGAUAUUGAUUAGCAUAUCAUAGAAUUUGAGAGAGGCGAACCAUUCAAGCCUUUCUAUUAGUUACUCUCUGUCUUUCCUCCUGCAAGUGCUUUAAGUGUACCCGAAUGCUUUAGACCUCUUAUGAUUGAGCCAACUUCAGAAAUAGCUGAUUUCUAUCCUAUUGAUUUUUAUGUUGAUUUAAUUGGAAAAAAAUUUGAGUGGCUUGGUGAAGUCAUUUUACCAUUUAUUGAAGAAGAAAGACUAUUAAGGGCUGCUAGAAAAUAUGAGCAUCUGCUAUCUCCUGAAGAAAAGCAAAGAAAUACUCCUGGAAAAAUUUAGAUUUUUUAUAAUUAAACUUCUAUAAAUUAUCCUUUAGAACUUAACUAGACAGAACAUAAAAUUACAGGUGUUCUUGAUAAUAAUUGCAACUUUUUGAUUAAUGGACCAAUUAACUUGUUAGAUCCUUAGCUAAAUUUAAAAAGAGUAACAUUAAAUAACGUUUAAUGUAGAAACAUUACUUUUCCUGAAUUUGAGAAACAUGGUAUACAACUUUUAGAAGGACUUAUUGAACCAGUCGAAGAGAUUUCUGAAAGCUACAUUGACAAAGCUGAUAUGAGAACUUAUUAAGGAGAAAACGUAAUCAAGCUAAUUUAAAGAAUCUUAAGAGGAUAAGAUAAUAGAUAACCAUGGUAAAGAAUUAAUGAUGAAAGGAAUAACUAUGAGUAAGGUAGAAGUUAAUAUGGAAAUUCAUUAAAUUAUAGAGAAAUGAUGAAAUAUUAAGAUUAGAUGAAUUCCCUUUCUUCAGGGUUUAACUAAAACAAUAACGAUCAUCAGUAAACAAACGAUCAGUAUCAAUAAUAAGAUGGCUAGUCAAAUAACAUCUUCUCCUCUUUAGAAGAAAGAUAGCCUAGAUAUUAAAGGUAUAACAACGGUAGAAAUUCAUAUAAUAACAAUAACAAUUACAGAAAUAAUUAAUACAAUAAUGGAAACAAUAAAAACUUUUAAGGAGGAAAAUAUUAGAGAAAUAAUUCUAAUCAACAAUAUAAUAAUUAAAAUGAUGGAAAUUAUAAUAGAAACUACAGCAACAAUAACUAUAGCAAUAACUAUAACAAUAAUAAUUAUAAUAAUAAUAAUAAUAAUAGAAAUGAUGGAUAUUAAAGGGGAGGAUCGAAUCAAAAUAACAGGCGUUAUAAUAAUGGAAACUAAUAUUAAGGUAGUGGAAUCGAUUUGAAUAAUGUUAACUAAAUAAGAUCUCAAUAUUAAAAUUAAUAAUUAUACUAAUAAACCUUUUAAAAUUAACCUUAAUAGCCAGUAUAAUAAUCAAACUUAUAAAUAUUCGAGCCUGCAUAAACAACAUAACCUAAAAUAUAAGCACCAUCUUAUAUCAAUCAGUUCUAAUUCAAAUAGAACCAACCACCUGCUCAGCCAAAUAAGAUUUACGAACCAGACAUAGGUUUAAAUGAUGGUAAUUAAGAAUAUGAUCCUUUAGAAGCAAUAAAGAAAUAAUUUAAGAAAAAUUGA